GUGUCCAGGACCAGGUGCAGGGUGCCAUGGCUGUGAUGCAGGACAACAUGAGAGCUAUGGCCGAGAGGGAUUCGCAGCUGAAUCAGCUUGAGGCAAGGACCAAUGACCUGCAAGGGGCUUCCAAAGCCUUCAGCUCCGGAGCAAAGCGUCUCCAAAGGCACUACCAGUGGCAGAGGUACAAGUUCUAUUUUGCCAUUGGUGCCGUGGUAGUGCUGGCCGUGGCGAUGAUCCUGCUGCCUUCAGACUACAAGCUGCCCUUCUUUGCCAUCUCCUUGGUGAUUCUUGGAGUCCUGGCCCUUGUGAACGCCUUGUUGGGUCGCCGGGAGCAGCUGCGCGAGGAGGAGCAGCCAAGCGUGGAGCUUGGGGAGUCGCUGACGCGCGAGGGCCGCGAGGGCAUGGAGUGA